UUACGCUUUUUAAAAUUAGUGAAAUUUAAACUUCACGGUCCCAUUUAAAUAGGUUUUCAUUUGAUAUGAUAUAUCUCUAAUUUUCAUAAAAUUUUAUGCAAUUAGUAUAUAUUCCCAUACCCAACAUAAAAAUUAAAAAAAAUAAAAAAUCUUUUCAAUCAGUAAGUGAAAUUCCUGCGAAAAUUUGACAGAUUCCAGUCCUAUAUUAUUUGAAACCAACAAAUUUCAACUUGUUUAUGGACUAACCUGACUAACAUUUUCUUCAAUCCGAACUCUAGUAUCCCUCUUUUCCUCUUAUCUAGAUUUUAUUUGACCAAUAUUGGCAUCUAAUUGAUGAACAAAGAUUCAAUCAGAGUUCUCAGAAACUCGAUAACCAAUUCUUCCAAUGGAAGAUUUAGUACACAACCACCUUCAAAACUUCUGGCAAUACCAGACUCUAACUCAAGAUCACUCUCAAACCCACUCUACCACCUCCUUCCUCAAACCCAAAACCCUAAUAAUAUUGUCAAUAUCGUUUACUCAUCUCUCAAACAACACAAUAACAACAAUUCCCACUUAAACCUUCUCCAAAAUGAUGUAAAGCACCUCCUUCCUCAUCUGGGUACUGAUGAAAUCUCUAGGGUUUUGUUGAGAUGUCAAUCCGAUUCUAUUUCAGCUCUUACUUUCUUUAGUUGGGUUAAAAAUGAUCUGGGUCUUCAGCCCAGUAUCCAGAAUUAUUGUUUUCUUGUUCAUAUUUUGGCUUGGUCUAAGGAAUUCAAAGAAGCUAUGAAAUUCUUGACAGAAUUGAUUAAGUUGGUCAAAGAUUGUUCAUUUAAUGAAGACGUGUUUCAAACUUUGCUUUUUUGUUGUCAAGAUUGUAAUUGGGAUCCUGUGAUUUUUGAUAUGCUUGUUAAGGCAUAUGUGAGAGAGGGUAUGAUUAAAGAGGGUUUUACGACUUUUAGGAAGAUUGUGGAAGUCGGUUGUGUUCCUAGUGUGAUCUCAUGCAACUGUCUAUUGAAUGGAUUGUUGAAGCUGAAUCGUAUAGAUCAAUGUUGGCAAGUUUAUAAGGAGAUGGCGAGAGUCGGGAUACACCCCAAUUCGUAUACGUUUAAUAUAUUAACUCAUGUUUUUUGCCAGGACGGUGAUGUUGAUAAGGUGAAUGAUUUCUUGGAGAGGAUGGAAGAAGAAGGUUUUGAGCCUGAUAUUGUAACAUAUAAUACUCUGAUUAGUUGCUAUUGUAGGAAAGGAAGAUUGGAUGAUGCAUUUUAUUUGUAUAGGAUAAUGUAUAGAAGGAAUGUGUUGCCAGAUUUGGUUUCUUAUACUGCAUUGAUGAAUGGUCUUUGCAAAGAAGGGAAGGUGAGAGAGGCUCACCAGCUCUUUCACCGAAUGAUACAUCGAGGUUUGAAUCCAGACAUUGUUUCAUUUAAUACACUCAUCUGUGGUUAUUGCAAGGAAGGGAAGAUGCGAGAGUCAAGAUCACUUUUACAUGAGAUGAUAGGAAGUGGGAUUUGCCCAGAUAAGGUUACUUGUCAGGUUCUUAUAGAAGGGUAUCGAAAAGAGGCCAGGAUAGUUUCAGCUUUGAAUUUGGUUGUGGAACUUGAAAGAUUUGGUGUUCCAAUCUCUACGGAUAUUUAUGAUUAUUUAAUGGUCUCCAUAUGUGAAGAGGGUCGACCGUUUGCAGCAAAGAGUCUUCUUCAAAGAAUCUCUCAACGUGGUUAUGUGCCUGGUGUGGAAAUCUAUAAUAAACUCAUAGAGUCUCUCUGCAAAAGUGAUUCUAUAGCUGAUGCAUUACUUGUAAAAUCGGAGAUGGGUCAUAGGAAUAUAAAACCCAGUGCUAUCACAUAUAAAGCUCUCAUCUGCUGCUUAUGCAGAACGAGUAGAAGUAUGGAGGCUGAAUCUUUAAUGGAAGAAAUGCUUCAAUCUGGCAUGCUACCUGAUCCAGAUAUAUGCAGGGCAUUGAUGCAUGUCUACUGCAAGGAAAGGGAUAUUGGUAAAGCAGAAACAUUAUUGCAAACCUUUGCCAAGGAAUUUCAGAUUUUUGAUAGUGAGAGUUACAACACACUUGUUAAAACCUAUUGUGAGGAUGCUGAUGCUACUAGGUUGAUGGAGCUCCAAGAUAGGAUGCUGAAAGUGGGAUUUGCACCAAAUAUUCAAACUUUCAGGCAAAUGAUCCAUGGUUUAUGGAAAGCAAUGGCAGUGGAGAAAGACAAGCUUCUUCUGGAAUGAGGUACUUUAUUAAGGACUUUAGGGAAGGAUGCCAAACGUUCCUGCUUUGACAUAUCCUAGCUGUGGUGCAAAAUACAUUGGGCUUGCUCUGUGGGUAUGAUUAGCUUUGGCUCUUUAAAAUAAAGGUUAAAAGUAUUUUGCUGCUAGUUGAUUUUGAGCUAAAACCUUGGGGAUUAAAUGCAUGACAGACUAGGAUAGGCAACAACAUUCAAGUGAUGAAUUGGCCAACUGUAGUUCAUGGGGUCAUUCUGCAAGACUAAUUCCACUGUUAUGGACAAUUUCCUUGGCGUAUAACACAACUUAAUGUACAGGAUGGGAGCCUGCAUUUGGCAUAAAGCAUAUCUGUGUGGAAGUGGAACCAUAUGAUGCAUUGGCAGCCAGCCAUGUUUUAGUUAAGAUAACUCUCGAAAGGCUCUAUUGCAGGGUUAAAGCAAAUAUUGUACUCUGCAACAGACAUCUCACUGCAGUGUGAAGAUGAAAAUGCAUGAAACUGUGAUGUAUCCGUUUCAAACAGCUUUUGGAGAAGUAAAAAGUGGCUGUUUAUUUCAUAAGAGCAUGACUUCAUCUAAUACUAUUUGGAAUGCCUUUCUUCUUA